UGAAACCGGAAGUGCUGGUCUAGAAACGCUAAACUUAACCCAGACGCUUCUCCCCGGACUCAGCGGCCACUCAGGAGUUUUCCUGACCGUGUUAAGGCUCCGGAAUGGGCAUCGAGGCCUGGUACAUGGACUCCUCCGAGGAGGACCAGCGAAAGCCGCACAAAUUGAGCCCCCCCCGGCCCGUGUCCCCGGAACAGCUCCAGGCUUUGGGGGUCUUCCACUGGAAGCUGAAUGCGGACAUCUAUGAGACGGAUCCGGAGCUGGAGCAGAUCCGGAAGAGCCGGGGUUACUCCUACAUGGAUAUUAUCACGAUUCAUAAGGACAAACUCCCCAACUAUGAGGAUAAGCUGAAGAUGUUUUACGAGGAGCACCUCCACCUGGACGAUGAGAUCCGCUACAUCCUGGAGGGUCGGGCUUAUUUCGACAUCCGGGACCGGGAGGACCGGUGGAUCCGGAUCGCCAUGACGACGGGAGACCUGAUCACGCUGCCGGCCGGCAUCUACCACCGCUUCACCCUGGACGAAACGAACUACGCUAAGGCCAUGCGGCUGUUCGUGGGCGAGCCGGUGUGGAAAUCCUACAACCGACCGGCCGACGACUUCCAAAUACGCCAGCAGUACGUGGCGUCUCUGCAGGGGUCCUGAAGGAGACGCGGAGUCCAAGAUCCUGCAGAAAAGCUGUGGUUUUACGCCCCAAAAUGUUUAGAGAUGGGUGAAAAGAUGAAACCUCACAGGGGAAAUAAGCUCUCCCUCUUCUGGGUUUACUCAGCUUCAUAAUGGUUCCAGUUCACCUACAAGUUUCAUGUAGUUUUUACCCAAUAAAAGCCUCAAAUUGAGAUUUAAAGUGGGACAGAGGUCCCUCUAACUCUACAGAACAAACAAAAUGCAAAA